AUGGAUGCCUCUGUGCCAUUUAGUGCGGUUAAUUCAGCUUAUUAUCAGCCGAUGAUCGAUGCUAUCGCAAAUAUGGGUGCAGGGUAUAAAGGGCCAAAUUACCAAAGAGUUCGUGGAUAUUUGUUGAGUAAAUUGGUUGAAGAUGUAAAGAAGAUGAUUGAAGGUUAUCGUGUGAUUUGGAAACAAACUGGAUGUACUAUCAUGGCUGAUGGAUGGACUGAUCGUUGUAGGCGUACUUUAAUUAAUUUCUUGGUUUAUUGUCCUAAAGGAACUGUUUUCCUAAAGUCAGUUGAUGCUUCUCAUAUCUCGAAAACUGCUGAGGCUUUGUUUAAGUUGCUUAGGGAUGUUGUGUUAUUUGUUGGUCCUGAGAAUGUUGUACAUGUAGUGACGGAUAAUGCUGCAAAUUACGUUGCUGCUGGAAGGUUGUUGGAAUCGGAGUUUCCUAGAUUGUAUUGGUCUCCUUGUGCGGCACAUUGUAUUAAUCUGAUGUUGCAGGAUAUUGGGAAGUUUGUGGAAGUGACUGAAACUGUGUCACAAGCUUCAAUGAUUACGAAAUAUAUUUAUAAUCACUGCCAUCCUUUGUACUUGAUGAGGCAGUUCACAGGCGGCCGAGAAAUACUUCGUCCAGCUCCAACUCGAUUCGCCACUAAUUUCAUUGCUUUGCAAAGUAUUUUGGCUCAAAAGGAUGCAUUGAGAGCUAUGGUGACAUCUAGAGAAUGGAGAAGUUCAGCUUACUCUAAAGAAGCCAAAGCAAAAAAGUUUGUGGAUCAAGUCUUAGAUUCUAAAUUUUGGAAUCAAUGCACUUCACUCAAAGAAAAAGAAUCGGUUAGAGCAUCAAAAGCUUAA